GUUCAGUCGAUUGGUACUUUCAACAAGAGUUGGUUGUUUUUUUUAUUAUAUUAUUAUUAAUAUAAUAUUUUUUUAUUAUCAGUGAGAAGGUUACCAUAAGGAGUCAUGCAGGAAACCAUCACAGACAUGAGGCUAGUCCCCUCGGCUUUGGACGUGGUGCUGGCAGCCGAGCGUCGCCUGGUGCCCAUCCACGAGGCCACCUUGAAGGGAGACUCCGAAGUGCAGAAGUUCUACGCCGGAUCCGUUGUGCUGGUCACUGGAGGGUCGGGAUUCUUGGGGAAGCAGCUUAUAGAGAAGCUGUUCAGAACAUGUGACGUCAAGAAAUUGUACAUACUCCUGCGAGCGAAGAAAGGCAAAUCUAUCGGAGAGCGCCUCGACUACAUUCUGAGAAAUCCGGUGUACGACACUCUCCGGGAGACUCGUCCUUGGUUCGCGGACAGGAUAGAGGCGGUGGAGGGAGACAUCGCCAGCUAUAGGCUGGGCGUCGCUGACCAUAUGUGGGACAGACUGGUCGACGAGGUGACGGUGGUGUUCCACGGUGCGGCGACCAUCAACUUCGCUGAUCCGCUGCAGCUCGCCACCAACAUCAACGUGAAGGGCACCCUGGAGAUGCUCGAGUUUGGCAAGGCUUGCAAGAACUUACGGAGUUACGUCCACAUAUCAACCGCGUACAACCAAGCACUAAAGAAUAAUGUUUCCUGUGAUAUUCUUGAGGAGUUUCCCAAAGCGCCGCUGUCUCCCACAACUCUGGUUGACCUGGCGAAUAGAACUGAGACGAAAGUCCUUGAUGAGAUGUUCCACAAAUACCUGGCCCCGGAGUACCCGAACACGUACGCGUACACGAAGGCAGUAGCUGAGGAAGCAGUGCGCACCAUGGCCGGCGACCUGCCCAUAUGCGUCGUCAGGCCUAGCAUUGUGAUUCCCGCUUACACGGAGCCUUCGGCGGGAUGGGUGGACAAAAACAGUAUCUACGGGGCCAGUGGGAUCAUUAUGGGCCUAGGUUUGGGAGUGAUUCACACGUUGAUAUCAGACCCAGACAUAAAGAUAGAUAUUAUUCCAGUGGAUAUUGUGAACAAUGCUGUAAUAGUGGCGGGCUGGGAGACUGCCAGACGGAGAGAGCAGGGGGAGACGGACACGAAGAUAUAUACGGUUGGUUCGUCCAACAGGAACCACAUCACAUGGCGGUUUCUAACGAACGUGUUUGACAAUGAGGGACGCAAGCACCUGUCCUCCCAGGCCGUGUGGUACGCCUUCGCCGUGCAGACCAAGAGCAAGCACCUGUACCUGGCCCUAGCCUGGCUGCUGCACUUCAUACCUGGGUACAUCGUCGACGGGGUCCUCAUGAUCAGGGGGAAGAAGCCUCAAGUAUCAAAAAUCUACAGACUACUGAACACAAUGGCAACCAUCUUCAGUUUCUUCACUCUGAGAGGUUGGAAUUUCAAAGACGACAACCUGCUGCAAUUGUACAAGAGUUUAUCGAAAACGGACCAGCAAAUUUUUAACAUGGACAUCGCCACGCUCGACAUGAAGGAGGUCAUAUAUUUGUGGCAUAUUGGAUUAAGGAGAUUUUAUUUAAAAGACAAAUUGAAUGAUCAAGAGAAAUCAAUGAAAAAACAAUUCUUUUUAAGAAUAAUUACCUAUACUUUUAUACCAAUUUAUUUGUAUUUUCUGUUUAAGAUUUCUUGUUUCGUUUUUUACGGAUUGUAUUAUUUGAUUUUCUCGUAUUUAAUAUAAAAGAAGCAUACGCAUAUAAAGCUAGAUAUUAGUUAUAGUUAACUUAGCGACGCUUCGCACGCAGUCUAAAAAUAUUUUAUACUUUUAGUUGAUCGUAUUACUCGUAACGGAGUCUGCCGAGCCUAUUUCUAAGCUUAUUCUAUCAAACGCAACUGAUUUCUAUGUAGUGGUACUGAAUUUCACUGUUAUUUAGACAAUAUAUUAACAGCCUAUUAGGAUUGUACAAAUCUUCGUUAAUAAAUUGUCUAAAUAAGAGUGAAAAGUGCAUCAAAAUUCGUUGCGUGGUUAAAAAUAAGAAAGCUGAUUGUGACUUUGAUUCAUACUAUGUAAUAUAUAAUAAACAUUUAAAGGUACAAUAUAUUUUAGGUAGUUAUAUAUGUGGUGGCCUUUACCACAAUAGUUUUAUUAUCAAGAUUAAAACGCGUGUUAAAUGUAAUUAGCAAUGUUACGGAUAAGUGUUUAUGCUAUUAAAAUGGUCGAUUUGA